AUGAAUUUAUCGCCGAAAGGCAACUGGAUAGUUCCUACACCCAUCACAGGAUUGUCCGACUCAUUCGCCAGUACCAGUAUCCAAUACCCAUUCUUCAUCUGCUCUAGUGAGCUCAUUGACAUUUACCGAGUUGGCAGUACCAUUUGA